GUGUCGGCUUCAACCAAACACGACCUUAUCAUCCUAAAACUCUCUCGCUCUCUCUCUCUCUCUUCCUCCUCCGAUCUCGCUCGGUCUUCUUCUUCUCACAAACCCUAAUUUAGCUCUUUUUCCAGCACGGGCUCUUCUCCGCCGUCAGAGUAAAGCUUCAGUUGUUGGAGGAUAUUUGGUUUGUUCUUGCUAUGGCUCUCUCGUCAUCAAGUCAUCCCUCAGGAACUUCCCGUCCAGGGACAAGUGAUGCUUUGUUUAAGGAGCUAUGGCAUGCUUGUGCCGGACCCCUUGUCACCCUGCCACGUGAAGGGGAGCGAGUUUAUUACUUCCCACAGGGGCACAUGGAACAGCUAGAGGCGUCAAUGCAUCAGAUGUCGGAGCAGCAAAUGCCUUCAUUUAAUCUGCCAUCCAAAAUUUUAUGUAAAGUUGUUAAUGUUCAGCUUCGGGCUGAACCAGAAACUGACGAAGUUUAUGCGCAAGUUACUCUGCUACCAGAAACUGAUCAAAGCGAGGUAACAAGCCCAGAUCCUCCUCUCCAUGAAACUGCACGAUGUACAGUCCAUUCAUUUUGCAAGACACUUACUGCUUCUGACACUAGCACACAUGGAGGAUUCUCUGUCCUUCGGAGGCAUGCUGAUGAUUGUCUGCCACCACUGGAUAUGUCUCAGCAGCCCCCUUGGCAAGAACUAGUUGCAACUGAUCUGCAUGGAAAUGAAUGGCAUUUUCGGCAUAUAUUUCGAGGGCAACCUAGGCGUCACUUGCUUACAACUGGGUGGAGCGUUUUUGUCAGUUCCAAAAAAUUAGUAGCUGGUGACGCGUUUAUAUUCCUAAGAGGUGAGACUGGAGAGCUGCGUGUUGGUGUCAGGAGACUCAUGAGACAGGCAAGCAAUAUGCCGUCUUCUGUUAUUUCUAGCCACAGUAUGCAUCUUGGGGUCCUAGCUACUGCAUCUCAUGCCAUUGCAACUGGGACACUAUUUUCGGUCUUCUACAAGCCAAGAACAAGUCGAUCUGAGUUCCUUGUAAGCAUCAACAAGUACCUUGAAGCUCGCAGUCAUAAACUUUCUGUCGGUAUGAGGUUUAAAAUGAGAUUUGAGGGUGAGGAAGUUCCUGAAAGAAGGUUCAGUGGCACAAUUGUUGGUGUCGGAGAUAAUACAUCACCUGGAUGGUCAAAUUCUGAGUGGCGAUCACUAAAGGUCCAGUGGGAUGAACCCUCAUCUAUACUGCGGCCUGAUAGAGUCUCACCUUGGGAAUUGGAGCCACUCGUAGCGACUACUCCACAAAACCCCCAACCUGCCCUGAGAAACAAGCGGGCCCGAGCUCCUGUUUUACCUUCUUCAUUGCCAGAUCUCUCUGCAAUGGGUGAGUGGAAAUCCCAAAUAGAACCUCCUUCCACUUUCUCUUAUAAUGACCCACAGCGUGGUCGAGACCUCUAUCCAUCACCCAAGUAUAGUACCGCUUCGAAAGCCACCAAUUCUCUAUGUUUUACGGGCAAUAAUUCUCUAGCCACUGUUUCUGGGAAUCCAAUGUUUUGGUCCAAUCGAGUUGAAGGUGUAACAGAGUCUUUUUCACCCGUUAUGAAAGAUUCAGUGGAAAGGAGACAAAACACUGGGAAUGGCUAUAGGCUAUUUGGAAUUCAGUUGCUUGACAACUCUAAUGCAGAAGAGACUUCACCCAUGGUAGUGCCUGGAAAGCUCGGGGAUGUUCAACUAAUUUCUUCAUUUGAUGCUGAAUCUGACCAACACUCAGAACCAUCAAAUAUCAACCGAUCUGACCUUCCUUCAGGAAGUUGUGACGCUGAGAAAUCAUCCCUCAGAUCACCUCAGGAAUUGCAAAGUAGGCAAAUUCGGAGUUGCACAAAGGUUCAUAUGCAAGGGAUUGCAGUUGGAAGAGCCGUAGAUUUGACUCGGUUUGAGGGAUAUGAAGACCUGCUUAAGAAACUGGAAGAGAUGUUUGAUAUUGAAGGUGAGCUGAGUGGAUCUACCAAGAAAUGGCAAGUUGUCUACACUGAUGAUGAGGAUGACAUGAUGAUGGUUGGGGAUGAUCCAUGGAAUGAGUUCUGCCGAAUGGUAAGGAAGAUUUUUAUCUAUACAGCUGAGGAAGUGAAGAGGUUGUCCCCCAAGAUAAAACUUCCAGUAGGUGGAGAGGCUAAACAAGGCAAGCCCGAUUGUGAAGCAGCUAUUAACACGGAAGACCACUCAUCUAUCGUGGAGCCGGCAUAUUAAUAUAUGCCAGCACAGAGCUAGCUAUAUGAAGAGCAUGGAAAGGAAGAAUUACCAGAAGAAACUGAAAUCAAAAGAAUAGAACAUGGCUCACCUGAGAAUGUCUGCUCGGAUGAUGCUUUUAUAAACAAGGUAGUCAACCAGGAUAACUGGUACAGUUUUCCAACAUGUUGAAAUGGAGGGAGUGCAAUUUGCAGUGGCAAGCAGCGUACUGUUGUUUUUCUUGUGAAAUAGUCUAGUUUAGUGUAUCCACGAGGAUCUCAUGGUGGUUGGUUCAAAGGGCGCGUGUAGCUACCAAAGUUUUUCCUGGCAUUCCUGCUGUGUAUGAAAUGUGCGAUAAUGUUCUUCAUCCUUUGAUGUUGUACUUUUGUUCGAAAUCAAAGACAAGGUGUAUUGAGCCGUCGUACAUAAAUAUAUAGCCUUCUUUCUCUUGCUUACA